GGCUAAACACAGCGCCAUUCGUGCUCGGUCGUAGAGCGUCCCGCGUUUUCGUUCGUUUGUUUUUCAGUUGCUGCUUUGAAUUAAAUUUUGACAUAAACAGCGUUUUAUAAAAAUGAGUUCUUUCCUUAAUUUGCUAUCGGAUGAUUGUGUUAACUUCGAAAAGUGCGGCGAUGUGAUCGUGUCAACCAAGGAUAAUAUGAUUGGCAUAUUUUGUCAUUUCUGUUGCGACAUUUACACAAAUCUGUCGGAAUUUCUGCAUCAUUUGCAAUGGAUGCACAACAAUAGGCUGGGCUUCACCAAGCCGCACAAUGUAUACACCGUAGAGGAGCUGAUGGCACAGGAAGAGGCGCAAACACAGGCGAAUCUCAGCAGCCAUAGCAGCGAUUCCGGGCUGCCAGCUGAUGCUACAGCAGCAGCUGAAGCUACCUGCUUGGGGCGUGGCAACAGCUGCGACAUGGCAACCGAACCAAUAAAUCAGAAUAUUUGUAAGGCAUUGUCCGAAUUGGACUACAGAAGAACCAAAACCAUAAACAAGAAUGAAACUGUGCUGCAGUGGCGGGCAGAAGUAGACAAAUGUAUACCGUUGCCGGCGGAUGCUGAAACUAGGGACAUACUAGCCGAAGUGGAGGCCUUGUUGGCAGAGUCUGAUCCAUCGACUAAGGAUACAAUAGUUCCUGACAAAGCACAGCCACAGGCGAAAGAUGAAACGGAAGUGCAAACUGCUACCUUGCCAGAUAUAGAUGAGCAGCACAAAGAACAUUCCAAGGCUGAGCAUUUGAAGAACAAACAGACUCCAGUGGAAUCCACAAUUCCUAAAACCAGAGACUGCAAAGUAAACAACACGGACACGCAGCUCGAAGAGCACAACACGAGCAGUGCCCGACGCUCCAACUUGGAAACUACCAAACUAAAAUCCGCCAAGUCCAAGUCCACUUGUAAUUACAAGAGCUAUGCGAUUGCGCGCUCCGUACGCAAGCGCCAGCAACAGCAGCGCUUGAAUAAUAUCAAAAAGCGCAUAGUGCGUUCGCUGGAAAACGAUUCGCGUAAGUUGCAGUACGUGCCGCUCAAGCUAGCCAAUAUGGAAACACUUAUUGAGGAUCUUUUAAAAAUCAAAAAUAUGCCACAGCAAAAGCAAAUGCCAUCAAUAGAGCCCUUAGCUAAGGACGAGUGUAAGUUAUCACCCGCGAAAAUUGAGGAUUUACUAAAUACAGGACCUAAAUUAAAUAUGCAAGGCGGAGAUAAUUCAAAAUUACUUAAAAAUAACACAGCCAGCAGCACUGUUGAAAUCGUGUUAACCGUGUCAGAGUUUAGAGGACCUAUUGCAAAGGACGCGGCUUUAAUUAAUCCAAAGUCCAAUCCAAACCGUGCUUUAGUAAGUACGAUUAAAGCCGACGAUAAAAAGGCUAUAGUAAGAGACACAAAAAAUAUUAAGGUACAAACACAACCUGAACCAAAUACGUCUUCGCUAAAGCAAGACAAGGAGAAUGUCUCUGUAGUUGCGCAACUACCUUCAAAAGCCUUAAUAAAAACCUCAAGUAGCGGCACAGCGAAAAAGUCUGUGGAGCUAAUCAAAGACCCAGCUCUAAUUAAUCUAAAGUCUCGACUGAAUUCCAAUCCAACCCAAUCAGUCCAAUCUUUAGUAGAGGAGAUUAAGGCCGAUGAGAGAAAAUUUUUAAUUAUACUGAAUGAUAGAAAGGGAAAGAGUUUAGCAGAAACAAAACCAAAUGCAGCUGACUUGGCUAAACAUACAACCAAGAUGCCUGGUAACCUGAACUCGGAAAAGCCAAGGGCUAGCAGAUCAGAUCCUAUUGUAAUAAACAAAAUCGAGAUAUUGCCUAAGCUUAAUAUUAAUAAUGUGCACAACAGUCAGUUAACAAAAAAAAACCCACAAACACAACAGAAGGUACCAAUGCUUGGAUCUUCACAGGCCCAAAACAACAAUCAGGCCAGGAAAACGGCUGUUAAGCGAAGAUCUUCAGUCGCAGUCGAUAGAAGCACGACAAUUUCGUCUGAAAUGCCAAUCAGGCGACCCUCAUAUCCAGUGCCCAGCACACAAAGCAGUCGACUACAGACAAUUAAAAGGGAACCACCUAAGCCGGAAGGAAACGCAAACAAACGAAAGCAAGCUGCAAUGCAUAUUACGGAUUCUUCAAAAGUUGCAGCCGAGGCAAAACGAACAAAAACGGAGCACAGUACGUCGGACAGUGGCUCGCUAGGCUUCAACCUAUCCGACAGCGUAGUUGAGUUUCUACAGCGCGACCUGAAAACCUUAACCAAUGCAGAUAGUUUGCUGCAAUUGGCUGAGCCUGGCGAGCUGGAGCGCAGUGGCGGUGAGUUGAGCGAACAUGAACAGAAGCAGGCACUGGCGCAACAGAAGGCAACUGAAAUUAAAACAAAUUCAGAACCCAAAGAGCUGCGCAAUGAUUUAUAUUUGCUUAGAGCAGUUGGGCUGUCCAUUAUAAAGGAUGCGAAUUAUGAGGAACUAAAAACAAUUGAAUUUGUCGAUGCAUUACGUGCAAGGGCAGCUAAAUUUGUCAUAAUGCUGCGAAAAUAUACAACGAAAAUAAAACACACUGCUACGAGAUUUAAUAAACAACAGGCACAAAAUAUAGUAAAGGAGUUGCUCAUGUUCACAGCAGAGGUCAAUGCCGAAUUUAAGAUCAAUUUAAAUGUCUGCGAACUGAAGCGCAUUUUAAAUUUAAUCAAUGCCUGGCAUGCACAGCAAAUUGAUCUGAAGUUCUUCAAAAAGAUCACUCUAACGUCUACAAUCGAACAUUAUAUGAAGCUGUUCGCUUUUAUGCCCAAGAUCAAUUCUUGUGCUUAUUACUGUGAGUGGUGCGAGGAGAGCAGCAGCAACAAGUCGCGCUACGAGAAGCAUCGUAUAAUACAUCUGUAUCGAUCCAUCUGUCCCCAUUGCAAGCGCGUCUUUAAGAAGCAAGGUUGCCUAAUUAAUCAUCUGCGCUCCACGCAUGGACAGGAACAAUAGCGUUGUGCCAUAUUACCUGUAGCUUUUAAGUUUCUUUAUAGAUUAACCUUAACCUUAGUUUAAUAUUUUUUCACAUUUACAAGCAUAGAGUACAUUUUAGUAAUACAUUGUAUAAGGAGUCAGCUUAGAUAUCGUAUCCGUCAACGAUGUCAAAGCCAAGAAACGUAUAAGUUUCGUUGUGCCAAAAAACAUAGCUUUUCAAUUGAAUACUAUCUUAGCUAAACUAAGCUCAAAUCUAUUCAAUUCUGUAAAAAUUAAAAAACGAGAUCAGAGAUUUCAUUGUUAUACAUAAAAAGUAAUAUGUAUUAGAUGUCAAGUCUAAGGAAUAUCAGAAUUUCCUUGUAUUAAACUAAACAUAAUCUUAACUUUUUGUAUCUAUGCUAAACUAUAGAUAAAACUUAAGUUCCAUUUUGUUUAAUUUUUUUAAGGAUCAAAGCCAAGGAACAGGAGUUCUCUUGUGCCAUGUAACGUAUAGAAUUUACUUGUUAUAUCUAUGCCAAACUGUAGAUAAAACUUAAGUUAAAGGUUAUUAAACUUUGUCUUACGAAACUGUGUACUUGCUAAAUGCCAAAGCACACAAAGACUAUUAGACUCUUUUAAGAAAUGCUUUUUAUCAUUUAUUGUUUAUCGUUUAAUAAAGUCUUACUGUUAUUUGUAUUCUAAAA